AUGAUAUUGGGAUUUGCUGAAGACUAUCGCAAGAUCGUCGUCAACGCGAAACACGAGCUGAUUCUUACAAGAUCAAAAAGUGAUUUGAAUGCCAUCGUUCAAAAUCAAGACGAAGACUUUAGAAUCGUGAUCGAUCAGGUGGAAUGGUUAGUACCCUAUGUGAAGCUCUCGGAUCAACGAAAAAUCGCACUGUUGAAUUUCAUUGAAAAAGAUACACCAGUCUCCAUGAGCUUCCGCAGUUGGGAGUUGUACGAAUAUCCUUUGCUACCGGCAACCAUGAAACACGUUUGGACUGUGACAACGUCCACCUAUUCGGAAAAACCGCGAUUUGUCAUGCUCGGUUUUCAAACGAAUCGAAAAAACAAAGCCGGCAAAAAUGCCAGUCAUCUUGAUCACUGUAACAUUACUGACGUCAAGCUCUUCUUCAAUUCCGAGUAUUAUCCGUACGGUCACCUGAACUUGGACAUGAGUCACAAUCGCUUUGCAUUACUGUACGAGAUAUACGCAAACUUUCAAGCCACCUAUUACGGCAAAGAACCCGAGCCUCUGUUGACGAAGAGCGAAUUUCUACAGUACGAACCUUUGAUUUUCAUUGACUGUUCGAAACAAAACGAGGCUCUGAAAUUUGGACCGGUAGAUAAUUUGAGGCGAAGAAUAACUUUCCUACCGGUACAUCUGCCUACUGCUUGA